AUGAAGAUCUCCACGGGUGUCGUCGCUCUUUUCGUCUCGGCUGUUGUCGCUGCGCCGGUUCCUACCACAGGCGAAACCAAACAGCCCGUGCGCCGCUUCGAAGCAGACAGUCUCGUGUCCGCGCUGCUGAACCCCAAGGCGUUUACCAAGGACAUCGACUUUUCGCUGCUGGGCAUUGACAAGGAGGACCUGCCGAAUACUUUGGGAUUUCGUUGA